GGCAUUGAUGAUAUUACUGGAGAGCCACUUGUUCAGCGUGAGGAUGAUAAACCAGAUACGGUUACCAAGAGGCUGCAGGCUUAUGCUGCACAAACAAAACCUGUUCUAGAAUAUUAUCGGGAAAAAGGGUUACUGAAAUCCUUCUCUGGAACAGAAACCAAUAAGAUCUGGCCGCAUAUCUAUGCUUUUCUCCAAACCAAGUUGCCAGAUGUGAGCCACAAAGAUGCUGCCAUUCCCAGGUGAAAAUAGGUCCAACUUCUGCUCAUCUGUCAUAGCUCACACUUGAUUACAUGAGAUUC